CACAAUUUCUAAACAAAAUUGAAAAAAUAUCCUUUCUUUCAGUUCCCCAAUAUAGAAAGAAGCUCACGUAUCAUAUCACAACAUACGUGUGAGAGUGAUGAAAGAAGAAAAUGCAAAAAUGGAGGAAACAGAGUUUCUAAAUCUCAACAAGAAGAACAAGUAUCCAUUGCUGAGCUAUGAACAACUGCCAGAUUACAUGAAGGACAACGAGUACAUCUUGAAGUACUACAGAGCUGAUUGGCCUCUCAAGCAUGCUUUCAUCUCCUUGUUCCUUUUUCACAACGAAACCCUAAAUGUUUGGACACACUUGAUUGGAUUUAUUGCAUUUUUGGUGCUGACAAUUGCAAACUUGACCGAUUUAUAUCAAGUGGCGGAUUUCCUUCAUGUUUCCAGAUGGGUUUUCUCAUCAGAUCAUUCUUUAAACAAUACUCGUCAAAUGAUGUCGUCAUACAUAGAUACAUCACCACAACAUAUAGAAGUGACGCGUUGGCCAUUGUAUGUCUAUUUGGGUGGUUCCAUGUUUUGUUUCGUGGCAAGUAGCGUGUGCCAUCUUUUUUCUUGUCACUCGCAUCAUCUGAAUUGCCGACUAAGUCAACUAGACUAUACCGGAAUCGCGGUUAUGAUCAUCGCCUCAUUCUUCCCUCAAAUCUAUUAUAUCUUCCAAUGCAACCCUGUGUGGCAAUACGUCUACCUCGGAAUUAUCACAGUUCUAGGUCUAUUCGCGAUCAUGGUGUUGCUUUCUCCUACACGAAUGAGAGGUAAAUACCGGUCCAUGCGUACUUUGAUUUUUGUGGCAAUGGGCCUUUUCGGGGUAAUACCCGCAAUCCACGCCACCAUCAUUAACUGGAAUGUGCCACAAAGGAACACGACUUUAGGAUUUGAAUCGGCCAUGGGGCUUUUUUACUUGGUGGGAGCCAUGUUUUAUGUUAGCCGAGUACCCGAGAAGUGGAGGCCGGGUUGGUUUGAUUUAGUCGGGCACAGUCACCAGAUAUUCCACGUCUUUGUGGUGAUGGGUGCCUUGGCACAUUACGUCUCUGUACUUAUACUUUAUGAGUAUCGUUUGCGAAUCGGUUGUGACUGAUUUUUAGCACAUGUAAUACGCAUUGUUAAAGUUACUAUCAUAUAUUAUACUUUGUCAUAUCAUUUUUAA